AUGGACGCGGCGGACAAGCGGAUGUUGGAUCGCGAGGCGCUCCGCAACAUGAUCCAGCAAUGGAACGCCAACCGCCUCGACCUCUUCGAACUCAGCGAGCCCAACGAGAACUUGGAGUUCCAUGGCGUUAUGCGAUUCUACUUUCAAGAUUCAGGCCAGAAGAUUGCCACAAAGUGCAUCCGCGUCGCAUCCGAUGCUACAGUCAUCGAUGUCAUUGGGACGCUGAUAGAGAAGUUCCGUCCGGACAUGCGCAUGCUGUCUCUGGGCUCUUACACGCUGUGGGAAACGCACGCGCCGGGCGACGAGCGGCAGUUGGAGCCCCACGAGAAGCCUCUGCUGGUGCAGCUCAACUGGCACGCCGACGACCGCGAGGGUCGCUUCCUGCUCAAGUGCUGCUCCCAGCCGGACAUACCACUGUCCUCUAUAAACGAGAAGGGAGACCAAAACUUCAAGCGGAAACUGUCGAAACGGGAGAAGAAGGAGUUAAAGAAAAAAGAGAAACUGUCCAGGUUGAAGUCGGACACGAACGACGAAAAUCGCCCGGUCGCCGAGAAGUUGUACUCAGAACUGCCCGAGACGUCGUUCACUCGCAGCAUCAGCAACCCCGAGGCGGUCAUGAGGCGUCGGAGGCAGCAGAAGCUCGAGAGGAAGCUGCAGCAGUUCCGCUCCAAGGACGGCGGACCCGACACCGGUGGCACGCUGAAGAUCUACGGGUCGUCCCUGUGCCCGGACGUGCCGUACAAGACGCUGCUGCUGUCGGUCGGGGACUCCGCGGCCGCCGUGCUCCGCGAGAUGCUCGACAAGUACGGCCUGUCGCGGCACGAGCCCGCGCACUACUGCCUCGUGCAGGUGGACACGACUGACAAUUCGGAGUACAUCCUGGAGGACGACGAGUGUCCUCUGGCCAUCGUCAUGACGCAUCCUCAUCGCAUGAAAUGUGGGAUCAUAGUUUUAGUGCAACAUAACUUUUAUUCCCAAUCUCCUUCAAUUGAAAAGAACACAAUUACCGUAGCGAAAUACGUGUCCUAG